CUCUCCCAGCUGGUGUCCCUGUGAAUGGAGGACACAAGCCAAUAACACCAACGAGAGCGGAGCUCGCCAGGGCGUGACUGGAGAAGGUCCUGGAGAGGCUGUCAGAAAUGGGCUUCUCACUAAACUUCACACUGCCGGCUAACACGACUUCUGCUCCAGUUGUUACGGGCGGGAAAGAAGUAGACUGUGGGCCUUCUCUUGGAAUAGCAGCUGGCAUCCCCUCCCUGGUGGCCACGGCGCUGCUGGUGGCUUUGCUAUUUAUUUUGCUUCACCGAAGACGAAGCAGCGAUGAGCCCGCCGAGGAAAGUGAGAGACCGUGUGAAAUUUCAGAAAUCUAUGACAAUCCCAAGGUAUCUGAGAAUCCUAGGAGAUCACCCACACAAGAGAAUACGAUGGGAGUGCAAGAAGCGCACAUAUACGUGAAGACCGUAUCAGGAAGUGAGGAACCCAUGCGUGAUACUUACCGUCCUCCUGAAGAAAUGGAGAGAAGGAGGGGAUUGUGGUGGCUUGUGCCCAGACUGAGCCUGGAAUGAUGUGCCUCAGUCAAGGAACAGGCGGACCUUGAGCUGGAACAGAGCUGAAGACCCAGGGAUUUGUGCUUGAUUUGUGCUUGGAGUGAGGAGAAAUGCCAAGCUGCUUCUUAGCCAAUCAGAAUUGCAUGUGCAGCUCUGGAAAGCUUUUGGAUUGGUUUGUCUCUUUAGGGAGCAGAUCCAAUAGGCUCAUUCCAACACUCUGAUUCUGUGGCUUAAUAAGCAGUGGAGCAGCAGGUGGGGUCACGUGCAUCUAGGAGUCCUUAGGUCCUAUUCUUGACCCCAGUAGAAUUGUUUUUCUUUGGGUUGGGGGAAUGGGUCCAGUUUCCGAGUGUCCUGCCUUUUCAUCAUUUUUUUUCAUAUCCCUUUUCUCAAAAAUGCCAUUUGACCUGACUUGCACAGGAGUGUUGGCCAAGGUCAGCUCGGUAUAAAUGAAACUUACAGGGUUUGUGAAGGAAGAUUUUCCUUAUUUCAGAAUAUCUCAGGGCAGAAAUCACAUGGAGUCACACAUUCCCCACCCACCAGACAGCACAUGGCUGGACCAUGUGGUAGCAGGAGACAGGAACUUCUCUGUCAGACCCACCACUGAGAGACCCUAUCAUUCUUUGCUUUUGUAAAAGAGGGGAUAAUAUUACUUGCCUCAGGUGAUGGUUGAAAAGAUUAGCUGGGAACUAUUAGGAGGCCCUAGAUGUUGGUUCUGUCUCCCGACUCCCUCUCCUACUUUCUCGUACUGCGUGUUUGAUCUAGUCGUGUGUGACCUCAUCACUGCCAGUCAUGAGGUCACCAAGAGAGCAUUUGUGGCAAACUUUCCCCAUGGCCUGCAAAUCGCUUAUAUCGAAAGGUGAUUCUUGGUGUCACUAACAGUCUGUAAAACUUCCAAGAUGUGAGCCUUCUAUGCGAGCCAGGAAAACCCAGGUUUUCACCAGUUCCAGAUCCUAAGUUUAGAGACCCGUAGUAUUAUAGCUAACCUUUAAGAUGUUGAGGUUGAUGGAGAUCAUGUUUCAUAUUAAAAUGGCAUUUCUUACAAUAAGCAUUUUGCUUAAUUUUUAAAGUAAGGCAAUAUGAUAUGUCUGAUGGCGGUUCCUCAAACAUCUUCAACCUUUGGCCUUAUGGGUAGUUGCUAAAGAUACGGCUUCUUUUAUUUAAAAUAAAUAAAUAAAUAAAUAAAGUCUUCAGCGUGAACAAGCUCUUAAGCCCAUACACAGAGUCGGCCUUUCAGCUUGCUGAGAACUCUCUCCAGGGAGGCUUAGAAAGGAAGUUUCUAGAUGUGGAUUGAGCCCCUUGACCAUUUUGCACAAAUACCAGCCAGUUUUCCGUUUUGUGUGAUUUGCUCAAGGAGAGACGGCCUCUGGGCAUUCUCUUGUCCCAGCAGUUCCUUGUCCCACUGUUCCAAGCUCCCUGCCCUCCCCCUCCCUUUUGCUGUGCCCUCCUCUUUCCUUCAACACCAAUUUCAUUUUCUGGGUCACUCUGGGCAAGGUGCUUCCUAGCCUGCAUCAGCUCUCCCGCCACCCGCCUGUCCUUGGAGACACUUCGUCCGUCACUCCCACUUGUGUCUGUGAUCAGAGGGCAUGCAAGGAAGGCUAUUUGCAAUGGGCUGUGGUGUGCGUGUGCACGCAUGCAUGCAUGCGUGCAUGUGCAUGUGCAUGUUAUGGGAGGGAAGGCAAGAGGUACUCUUAGAGGUUAUUAGAAGCGAGGUCUCCAUUUGUGGAGUGGAGAACAAACCCCAGUACUUCAACGAUCAUGAAAAUAUUGACUGGAAGAGAGACCAGGAGGACCCAUGUGGAUAAACACAGGGUCACAGUGCUGGGCCGCUGGCGAUAUGCUGCCAUCUAGGAGACCCAAGAAUGACGUAGCAUCAGAGGCCAGGCUGUCACGGUCACUCCCUGAGGAGGCUGCCAGGUGGCCUCUUUCUCCUGUGCAUGGCCAUCGCCCGAGCAGGCCAGGCCUCCAGGUGGGAAAGCCUGGGUCUGGGGCAUCUCAGGGGCCAUUCCGCCCUGAUACCCUGGAAAACAGCCGUUUCUCAUACAGGGCUCUGAUUCCUCAGAAAUGUGUCCCUCUUCCCUGAAUAACAGAUGAGUUCUAUAAACCCAACUGCUGCAAUGCCAGUACCUGAAGUUCAAAGUCCCUUGUGAAAUUGAGUUUUGUGCUAAGUCUCCUGGGUCUGGUCACUUUGGCAAGGAGAUUUGGCCGUUUUUAAGCAAAUGUGUCCAGUGACCCUGGGCCUUGUCUUUUUCUACAGGCCAAGAAGGACUUUGGACUUACUGAGAGCCCAGCCAUGGCCUUUGUUUUUAUACUUGUGUCAGUCCUGGGGCAGAUUGCUGUUAAUUUGGAGCUUGAGUUCUGUACUUUAACAAUGGAGAUAGCAAUUGUCCCUUACCCCCCAGGGACACUGUGAAGCUGGAUCGAGAUGUGCAUGAGAAUGAGACUUGCAGCUUACGAAGUCAGGUGUACCUCGCAUUCCGGAUCAUUCAUGUUAACCUACUUACAACCCACUGUGUAGACUCUUCAUUUAGAAUGGUUUCCACUAAACGAGCAAGCUUCAGUGUUUCUGUCACUUACUUGUGCUAUGAUGCACGAGAACUUAUGUUGGAAUAAAGUGAGAAGUAAA